AUGUGACGCUUUCCUGUUCCUGCCAGCUCAGAAAUGGCAGCCACGGGACCGAUGUGUACGACGACACAAUUUUAGAAGCUUUUGUUCAAAAUAGAUUUGUGUGAGAUGGUUGCAUACAUGUGGUUUUGCUGUGACAAAUGUAAUAGUCUUCAGCGUCAAUGUGUCGGUUGAGAAAAGUUUGUAAUGGGUUCAGAAAUAUGUUUUCCAGUGGGCUAAGCUAGCAAGCAGCGUUUAGCAAAUAAAUGAACUUGAUUCUUCUGAGUCGCAAGGAGAAAACAUUUGUCCUUAGGCAUCUUCCUAGCUUAAUCCAUCAUGGCCAUUUCCCAGUUCCGUCUGUUCAAGAUCUGCACAUGUUUAGCCAGCAUACUGUCAUUUUUUAAAAGGUUGAUAUGCAGGAGCGGAAGAGGCCGCAAGCUCAGCGGUGACCAAAUAACUCUCCCAACAACAGUGGAUUUUUCAUCGUCUUUACCAAAACAGCCAGAGAUUGAAGAGUGGAGCUCCUGGGAUGAAGAGGCUCCGACGAGUAUUAAGAUUGAAGGUGGAAACGGAAACGUCCCCCCCCCUCCCGACGAUGCAGACGAAGAGCCGGAUUACUUUAAAGACAUGGCUCCUAUGAUCAGGAAAACACAGAAGAUUGUUCUGAAAAAGAGGGAACCCCUGAACUACCUGGUGCCCGACGGCUCAGCAGGAUUCUCCAGCAGGCUGGCAGCCUCUCAGGAUCUGAUGGCCUUCAGCCCACCUUCAGCUGAACUGGGAGAGAUGGAAAACUGGCAGGAGGACACAAACGCUUGGGAGGACGAGUCAGACGCUGCUUGGGAGGCAGAGGAGGUGCUCAGGCAGCAAAAGAUGGCCGAGCGAGCGAAGCGGUUCAUGGAGCAGCAGAAGAAGAAGAUGGAGAAAGAGGCUCAGAGAAUGCUUAAGAAGGAGCAAAAGAUAGCGGUCAAGCUCUCGUAACAUUUUAAAAUGCUCAGUUUUGAGCCUAAAGGAUCGGGGCUGGGAGCAAAGACACUAAAUCUAUCUUCACCCUCUUUGAAGUCAAACUAGCAGGAUUAUCAUCUGUUUGUGUCAUCAGGUUCCACCAGCAGUUCUGUUCCCCGGCAGCAGUCUUUCAGAGCACACAGCGCUCUCGUUGGACUGACUGGCUUCAGUAGUUAUUAAGGUCCGUUUCAUCCUGGCAUCAAGGUUAGGCUCACACUAGAAGGCCUCGUGGAUUCUGACUGACUCAAGUCGGUAUUAAAUGUUCUUUUCCACCAACAUUUGUAAAUAAACCAGCAUCUACCUUCUGAAGCUCAGAUAAGGAGUUCAGUUGCCUUUAUUUGGCCACUAAUGGCCUCUGAUGAAACAGGAGUGUAAUUUAUUUUAUGCAUCACAGUUUAUCAGUGACAUCCUCUGGCCUGAUAAUUCAUGUGUUUUUAUAUUGAAGUCUAUUGCUUUGGUAACGUUUUGCUUGAUAAAUCUGCUACAAACUCUUUAGCUACACUGGAAAUUGUAAUCAAAAUGAUGACUGGGAGUUUUUAAACCAAGUGUAAAAUAAACUAUAAUCUAGCCCACCUGUGACUUACAGCUGCAGGUUCCUAUGGUAACCUCUCAGCAACCAUUUUAUCAUUCUUUCAUUCAACCAUGUCAUUCUGUUACGAUUGAAGAGAACUAUCCAGUAACCGGUCCAUCAGUUGUUCUCUGGUGGGGAGAAGUUUAGCUCUUUUCUGUAAAGUGAUCGAUCCACAGGAAAUCACAUUUUCACCAACCAGGAUGGAUAAACUCCAAUCAGAACAGGGAAAGGGCCACUUCAUGGACGUGUUUUACUAGGAUUUAUUUUUCUGGGCUUUUUUAUGUCAGGAUGUGAUGAAAAUGGAAAAUUUCCUGUUGCCACGGAAACAUUAUCUGGUGAAACUGGAACAUGUUGACUUAUUUUAGACCACGGAUUAAAUCAAAGUGAUGCUUAAACCUUC